AUGCAGAACUGGGGUUUCUUCAAGGCAGCGCUCUCGGCCCUGGCCUUGAGCAGCGUUGCCUUGGGCGAACCGAUCCCCGCUAAGGAGGGCGUCAAGGUUGCGGAAAGGCAAACUACCGUCAUCACGCCCGGAGGUAGGGCCUGCGGAGAGCACGGUCCCGAGAACAGGCGGUGCUGGAUGAACAACUGGACGAUUGACAAGGAGAACGAGAUUGAUCCUCCACCGGCCUUUAACAACAGGGAAUAUGAUCUGUACAUCACAAACGAAACCAACUGGGAGGGUCCAGACGGCGUGGUUAAGCAUGCCAUGCUUAUCAAUGAUUGGGGCGACUAUGUUAUUGUCAACGUGCAUAACAUGCUUCAAGACAAUGGCACAUCGAUCCAUUGGCACGGAAUCAGGCAGAUCGGAGAGAGCAACCAGGACGGAGCGAACGGAGUGACGGAAUGCCCUAUUCCUCCUGGCAGCUCCAAGACGUAUGCUUUCCACGUCGUCCAAUACGGCAACUCUUGGUAUCACAGCCACUUUGGUAGCCAAUAUGGAAAUGGUAUCGUUGGAGCGAUGAUCGUGAAUGGCCCUGCAGUGGAGAAUUACGACAUCGACCUCGGCCCUUAUGUCAUCACGGAUUACUACCAUGAGACAGCCGACAACCUCGGGCGCAAGGCCGAGAUAAGCGGUCCUCCAGACAGCCAAAAUAUUCUCUUCCGUGGCAAAAACGUACACCACUCCGACCCGACCAAGGGCGCCUAUGACCGGCUCAAGUUGACACCUGGAAAGACCCAUCGCCUACGUCUCAUCAACACUAGCGUCGACAACUCCAUCACCGUCAGUCUCGUCGGGCAUACGAUGAAGAUCAUCCAGGCCGAUCUUGUGGCGACCGAGCCUACGGAGCGCGAGCACAUCUUCCUCGCCGUGGGCCAGCGGUACGACGUCAUCGUCGAAGCCAACCAGCCCGUGGGCAACUACUGGUUCAACGUGACCCUCGAGGCGACCAACAGAUGCGGAAGGUCGGACAACAAGUUCCCCGCCGCCAUCUUCUCGUACGAGGGCGCGGACGACACCGCGCUCCCCACGGACCAGGGCGUCGCCUUUGCCGCGGCCUGCGAAAACGAAAAGGACCUCGUUCCCUGGUUGAGGAGGAACCUGGACCCCGCGGAUUUCGAACCCCACGAGAUGACCGUCACCCUCGAGCAGCCCGUCGUGGACUUCCGCGGCAAGGUGUUUAGGUGGGAGAUCAACGACGUGGACAUCGAGAUCGAGUGGGACCACCCCAUCCUCGAGUACAUUUACGAGAGCGACAACAACUGGAAGCCCAAGCACAACAUCAUCGAGCUCCCCGACGCCGAGGUGUGGACGUACUGGAUCAUCCAGAACAACUUUAUCCUCCCCACCCCAUCCACUUGCACGGCCACGAUUUCCUCCGGCUGGAUGGUGAUUGCCUUCUUCACCGACAACCCGGGCGCGUGGCUGCUGCACUGCCACAUUGGCUGGCACGUGAGCCAGGGCUUCGGUAUGCAGUUCUUGGAGCGCAAGGACGAGAUCUCGUCGCUCAUGAAGCUGAACCAGAUGGUGCCCAACUGCAACGCGUGGAGGGAGUAUGCGCCCACGUGCCCGUGGUUGCCGAUGUUGGAUUCGGGAUUGAAGUCGAGGAGGAGGUGGUUGUGGUAA